AUGAUUGUUUGCAUACCGCCAUAAUACUGCGGGAAGAAGACAUCCUGUUGCAGCUGAGCCCAGCCAGCCAUGAGUAGCAGUGCUUUUGCUUUGACCUGUAUACGGUGCAGUCUCUUUCUCCGCAUCCUCAGUCCUGUUGAAGUUUGUGAGCAGAGCCCUGCAACUGCAAGCAAUCAUUCAUCAGCUCAGCUAAGAGAAAAGACAGCAAUGGAAGGGUGGAAGAGUCACGUUCGCGCUGGACUGUUCCAGAGAGACUGUACACAAAAGGACCCCUUCAGUGGUAUCUUCAACACCUUGUCCAAACUAGCGGAGCAGCUUGAUUUACGGGAUACACUUUGGGAUGAGGUACAGAGACCCAGUUCUGAAGGAGAUGGUGGGCUGACGGUUGACCACAGAGAACUAUACCUCCAGCUCAGAGAGAGUGAACAUAUAACAGAAAAGCUCUCUCAGACAGUCUCUGACCUGACCACCGUCAUGUACCUGAAAGAUGCUGAGCUUCAAUACUGCCACUCACAAGUCUCCCGCUAUCGGAAGGAAGCUGUCACUCAAGCCAGGGAGGCCAACCUUCUGCAGGCCAGCCUAUCAGAGUUUGAGUUUACAUUGGCGAGCCAAUCAAAGGAGUUGGCAGCCCUGCGGUUGGAGCAGUGGGAGCUGAAGGAGGGGCUUGCAGCGGCCUGGAGAGAGAAAGAAGAGCUUCUGGAGCGAUGGAUGGAUGAGAAGAAGGAGGAGGCGGAGAGGGUGAACAGGCACAAUGACACACAGGAAAGGUGGCAUCGUUUCACCCGGCGACUCAACAAGCAUCACCGUAGAGAGAUGCUGCGACCAAGUGAGCAGACCGACGACUGGUAGGCCUACAAUUGAACCAGCAACCACCAUACAGACAGUGGCAGGCACAUUCUUGUGUCCCAACUAAUGUCAAGGUCUGCUUUGACCAGAGGGUGGUGCACACUGCCCAGGAUGGACCUUGACCUUUUUUCCCCAAAAGCCUCCUGUACUGAAUCACUCAUUCCUUUAAGACACACUGAAAAAAACUAGACAUUGAAUGUUUUUUUUUUGUAUACAUUGAAGGAUAUUUGAAUGUGGGCCACUAUUAAUCUAUACUGUUGUGAAUUUCAGAUACUGUAUGUACAGGCUUGUAAAUUAGUACCCAAGACCUAACUCAAUGUUUAAAUACCACGAGAAUAAAGUAACUGUUCAGUAAUGUUUUUCACUAAAACACCUCUGUCCUGUGACUGCAAUGCUUCCUGCUUUUGUGUGUGACUGCAAUGCUUCCUGCUUUUGUGUGUGACUGUCUUUUUCAAAAGUGACUCACUGUCUCAGAGGAACAAAGUAGGUGUGUAUAUAUAUAUAUAUAUAUAUGUCAGUGGCACUAAGACCCAAAUGGUGAAUCAUGUAAUCUUGAUAAAACAUCUGACUGCCUACUGUGCAAAUCAAAUUUAACAUUGUUGAUAAAGAAAUUGCACUUUGAGCUUCUGACAAGGACGUCAUCAGAACAUUUUUGGAUACUGUACCUUGUCAAUUGCUAGAAUAACUUCACUUCUGUCUGUGGAUGUGAGACUUAAUAGAAAGUACACAAACAAUCUACAACAGAAUUUAGGUUAAUUCAUUUUGACUUUAAUAAAAAAAUUACAAUUCUGAAAAACAAAUGGCAAAAAAAAAUCCUUAAAUGAUUGAGAAUAAUCAUGGUAAUGACACAGUAGUAAUAAUAUUCAUUGUUUCCUGUCAUGUUCCACCAAAAUCAUAUCAGCGUCCUUCCUGUAGACAUUAUGGCACUCAGCUCAGUGGCGGCACUUUCAAAUAUUCACACUUAGCAGAGCUGUGAACAGGUACCCCAUAGAAGCAAAACAAUAAGACCAUAGUUCACAGCACUGCUGAAAAAUAUGCUCCAUUUGUACUGCUGUUGCACUGCCAAGGUGAUGCUCUGACACCGAUGCUGAAUCUCAAACUGACCCAUAGCUAGCCCUGUCACUAGGCACUUCUCGGAUAGGUAUGGCUAUUAUGGUAAUUGCUUCACCCUGCCUUCUGAUUGGUUAGUUUUAAUUUUCCUACAUUACAUAUACCUAUCCAGUCCUUUCAGUUCUACUGGAGGAGAUGAUAUGGGUUGAUGAUUUGGGAUUUAGCACAGGAGUGAAAUCUGAUCGAGAAAUUAUUCUAAAAUACUCAUGCUCUUAGACCAUGUGCAAGUGUCUGUCUGAGCGACAUGGGGAAGUGAAUGUCAUAGUGCUGCAUUUGAGGCUGACUAUAAGAAGUAUCCCUAGGCCCUUCAAACUCAACUAUGGACCCCGAAGCCAGUGCCCCUGCUUGUUUUCAUUGUUCCCUUUUAAUCAGGGACUGAUUUAGACCUGGCGCACCAGGCGGGUGCAAUUCAUUAUCAGGUAGAUCAGAAAACCAGCAGGCUACAGCCCUCGUAGGGUAAGAGUUGAAUAGCCAUGCCCUAGGCUAUACAGUGAGGGUCCAGAUUGUGCACGUUUACUUAAGUGGUAGUGUAUAGUCUGUCCUCGUAUUGCAGAAGAGGGUGAAUCACAAACUUCCUCUAUUCUUCCCCUAAAACAUGUUUUUUUUACAGAAUGGAUUACAUGGUAGAAUUUCAGAGGACUGAAAAGAUGGGGCAGACGAUGAAAGGUGUAAGUCUGUUUUCCCGUCUCUCCCCUCUUAAACAGGUACCAAUACUUGACCAAGGUGAUCAAUAUUUGUACAAAUACUUAUUGAAAUAAUUAUUGGUGGAAAAUAAUGAUGUAAAGCCCCAUUCCUUUUAAUGGCACAAUUUCUUCCUCGGUGUGAACAGCCAUGACAUUUCAAUCAUUGUCAGCAUCGCCAUGGCACAACAUUAAGUCACCAUUUACAUGGUGCUGUGUUUGCCACCCCCCAAAUGAACACUGAGUGACAUCAGGAUCUUUUCAGCAGACCACAGGCCACAUCUCUCCGUCCACAUGCCUUCAUUCCACCGUGUGUGUGUGUGUGUGUAUGUAUGUAUGUAUGUAUGUAUGUAUAUACACGUGAGCUCUAGCAGUCGUCGUCCUUGUCGUCAGCCAUUCCUUUGAGCCGCAGGCGGGCGAAGUCCUCAAA